AUGGCUUUGGUUCAAAAAUAUGGUAGGCCGGAUCUUUUUAUCACCGUGACUUGUAACCCCAACUGGGAAGAACUUAGAAAUGAACUACUCCCUGGACAAACACCACAAGACCGUCCUGAUUUAGUCACCAGGGUAUUUCAUGCCAAAUUUGAGCAAUUAAAAGAAGAUAUCAUCAACAAGGGGGUGCUGGGAAAAGUGGAUGCACAUGCUUUCGUUGUUGAAUUUCAAAAACAGGGCCUACCACAUGUUCAUAUGCUGAUUAUGUUAGAAGAAAAUGACAAGCUUAAUAAUGCUGAUGAAUAUGAUCCCAUUGUUAGAGCUGAAAUACCAUAUGAGGAUGAGGAGCCUCAACUUUAUGAUGCAGUGUGUACACAUAUGAUUCAUGGUCCAUGUGGAACUCUUAACUCAAGGCAGUCAUGUAUGAAAAAUGGGAGUUGCAAUAAAGGCUACCCAAAACCAUUUGCAAAUUUCACUGUGCAAGGGAAUAAUGCAUAUCCUGUAUAUCGGAGACGAGCAAGUCGCUUACCGGUACCUUUGCGUAGACGAGGAGAUCUGAUGGUGGAUAACAAUUGGGUGGUUCCCUACAACCCAUGGUUGCUAUUACGAGGUCCUGACAUAGUGGCACUUGAGCUGCAAUCAAACCCAGAGUUUGAUGAAAUUAGACAAUUUGUUGAUGCAAGUUAUUGCCAGUGGUGUAUGGAUAAGCAUAGGCGUAAGGUCUCGAAGCCUCUAUCUACUUCCAGAUCGUGA